UUCCGAGAAGCUACAAGCUAGAAUCGAAACAGGUUCAUGUUUGUCUCUGAUACUGUCUUGCCUGCUGACGUUUUUGCAUGGAUGGUGAAAUAAUCUUUAAUUAAGAAGGAAUUUCGGCAGGUUUGUUUUUUAUAUCGUCAGGAUUUUGCAAUCUUUCAAUAAAUAACAGCAAAUAUGUUAUAUAGCUCCCAUCACAAAUUCAAAAAAAGGAAGCUUUUUGUAUUUUGAUUUCUGCAAUGGAAGUCGUUUCAGGGGCUAUUCUAGGAGUAGCAUUUCAGCAACUACAUGACUCGAUUGUUCGCGCAAAAGUCACAGCCUCUGCUUUCAAGUUUCAGCUACAAUUUCUUGAAAAUAAGGCUCAAAUACUAAUCCGAAAGUUCAAUGAAAUUAAAGAUUUAAAUUUGGAGAACAAGUUGCCUGCAGAGAUGAAGAAAUUACGGGAAUUGUUGGAGAAAGCCAAAGUUCUUGUUUCCAAAUGUUCUCAAGUCUCUUGGUGGAACUACGGCAAGAAGCGAAAGUUUGCAAAAAGGCUUGAAGAGCUUGAUGCCUCUUUCCAGGAGCUUUUGAAAGUGGAUUUUCAGGUUGCGCAGUUGAAAAAUAUAUUAGAAACUCUGCUUAAGGUGAUUGAGAUGAACAAAAAACUAGACAUUAUGGAUAAGAAACUGGACCUCGGUUCGAACCCAUCUGGACUUUCAACCAGGGAGAACUCUGAAAGUCCUGGAACUGCAAGUGCAAGAAAUAAAGGUGACUCUUCAAGAGUUAAAGUGCUUUUUGAGAAAAGAAGCGAAAAGGUUAUACAUAUUCGCUUCAACUAAAACGAAUCAGGAUGUUCGAUCUCUCACUCCAAGUUGCAGUCAAUGGAGCCAUUCGUUAAGAUAUAGAUUGUUUUAUUCCAUUCCGUCUGUUUUUUAUUGUUUGUUAUGAUUUAUCAUUCACUUUAAACGCAAAUUCGUAUCUUGAAUUAAGAGAAAUCGAGUUUAGAUCAGACUUUCUCUUAUAAGUUUGAACAUUGUAUCAAAUUUAUAUAUAACAAUCAUGAAUUUUGAU